CCAACUCAUCCACUCAAUUCUUAAUACCGGCCCCCAUACCACACUCAUCAUCACUCUCUCCCGGACAAAAUUGCGUGAUAAUUAAACACUCACCGUGUGCGUGUUUUACUUGUGAAAAAACAAGUACAGCAUUUCAUCGAUCCCCAUUAAUGCGCUUCAGUAACUAAGCGUGACCUUUCAGUUUUUUACGGAUUUUUUUCUCUCAAAAUCCGCGUACCUAUACAUACACCUAUAUAGCUGUACCUCGUUCCUAAUUAAAACACUCUACUCAGUACUCUGCCGUCGGUAUUUUUAUUUGUUACGGUGUGGUGCAAUUUCAAUUUUUUCUCUGCAGUAAGAUAGUGAUGGAUUUGAGCAAGGUUACGCAGGAGAUUUUCACGAAGCUGGAGCAGAAAUGGCUGCACCACUGUGAAGGAAAGCGAACGCGUGUUUUGAGCAUCGACGGAGGAGGAACCACCGCCAUUGUCGCUUGCGCCGCUCUGGUUCAUCUGGAAUACCAGAUCCAACUCAAAACCGGCGAUUCGAACGCUCGUAUUGCUGAUUUUUUCGAUAUUGUUGUCGGUACAGGAAUCGGAGCUCUUCUCGCCGCAAUGUUAGUCGCCGACGACGGUUUUGGCCGGCCGAUUUACUCCGCCGGAGAGGCGGCUAAGUUCGUGGCGGAGAAUCAGUCGCAUCUCUUCAAAGUCAAAAACGUCGGGGUAUUCCGCCGGCGAAUUAGGUUUUCAGAGAGGAGCAUGGACGCGGUGCUGAAGAAGGCCUUCCGGAGAGAUGACGGCAGGGUUUUAACCCUCAAGGACACGUGUAAGCCUCUCCUCGUUCCGUGCUUUGACUUGAACAGCUCGGCGCCGUUUGUGUUCUCUCGAGCCGACGCCAUCCAGUCGCCCAGCUUCGAUUUCGAUCUCUGGAAAGUGAUCCGCGCCACGUCAGCUACGCCGUCGAUGUUCAAGCCGUAUCCGCUCUCGUCCAGCGACGGGAAGACCUCUUGCCUGGCGGUGGACGGCGGACUUGUGAUGAACAACCCCACCGCCGCCGCCGUCACUCACGUUCUGCACAACAAGACCGAUUUUCCGUCAGUAACCGGAGUUGAUGAUCUGUUGGUGCUGUCAAUCGGAAACGGCGCGUUAAGUAAUCCGUCAAGCAUGACAUUCAGCCGUAACGGCGACUGCUCGACGGCGUCACUCGUCGGCAUCGUCCUUGACGGCGUCUCGGAAACCGUUGAUCAAAUGCUGGGCAAUUCCUUCUGCUGGAAUCCUAACGAUUACAUUAGAAUUCAGGCUAACGGUAUCGCGGGAACAACGGAGGAGUUGUUGGAGGAGAGAGGAGUGGAGUCGUUGCCGUUUGGCGGGAAGAGGUUGCUGACGGAGACUAACGGACAGAGAAUCGGAAGUUUUGUGCAACGGCUUGUGGCGGCGGGAAGGAGCAGCCUGCCGCCGAGUCCGUGCAAGGAAACAGCCGUUAGCCCCCUAGUUAACGGCCGUUAAUGUUAAUUUGUUACCGUCUCUUCUUUAAUUUGUCCUUUUCUGUUCAGUUUUAUUAUUUUAUUAUUAGCCCGAUGUCAGUUAACUGUCUCUAUUGUCAACUUUAACCAGUAGCAGUGCACUUAAAUAAAACUCCUACAUAUAGUACUAGUGAGUAGUGAGUGACUGGCACUUGAUUAAAUAAAUCGACUCUGUUCUCUCUUUCUCUUC